AUGAUGGUGGUGGUAGAUGUAGAAAAUUCUAGUGGAAGAUGUGAAGAAAUGAGAAGUGGUAACAAUGUUUUUAGAAGUAGUAGGAUUAGUAACAUGACAAGGACAACAAGAACAAGAAGAAAGAUUCCAGUUGGUACUUCCCCGGAACUUAGCCCCUACAUCAGCGACGAUUUUAUAUCAGGUAGGCCACUUUGGACCUGCCUUCUAGAUUGCCGCACCCGAGUACCUGCAAACUCAGAAUAUGCAUAUAAUUUUUCCUAUGUUUUAGCGAUGGAGAUCCUUGAAUGGGCGCCGCACUGGUUUCGACUGCGACACCAGGCCAAACAGGCGCUCCCAAACUUGAUCUUCGUGAGGAACUUCGCAUCCCAGCUAGUGAUGAACACGACGUCUUACAAAAACUGCCCGAGAUGCACUAACUCCCAGUACUACUGCAAGUGCGCCUUCACGUUCAAUAGAGCCUGCGGCAGAAUCCGGAAGGUCAAUCGUGGCAGCGAUGACCAGCUCUGCUGUGACUGUGUUAAGACUGACCUCCUGACAGCUAGUGGAAGAUUUAAGACCUUGAAAGGCGUGAAGGGGUCACUACCCCGCAUGGCACGCGAGAACCUGUUUGCCAUCGAUGACAUCAUUGCCCGACUACACAUCAAUCUGGGUGAUACUUGGAGACAGCGGACGCUUAAGCGGAAGCUGGACCAAUACAACAACAUCUCUGACAUCAAUCGUGGGUCAUCGAAAGUGUGCUACCUCGCGUACCAGCCUUUUUCGAAAAAGGCAUACGUCGGCGAGACCGUCAAGGGCUUUGAUACACGCAUUACGGGGCAUAUGAGGAAGGCCUUUGUCGGGACCCAGUUCUUCUACAGGAAUACGUCUGAUUUCUGGCGCUACAUGUUUAUUCCAAUAGUGUACUUGCCAGAAGCAACACCACAGAAGCAGGUCCGUGCGAUCGAAUCGAACCUGAUCGACGAGUUCCAUGCCUCCCAGAACACCCAGGGCGUUAACGACUACCACAUGUCGGCCUUCCUCCAUAGUGAAACGCUGAUAAACAUGCCCAAGAGGAAACGUCUCCUGCGUCGUAGGAAGCAAGUCGGCCCACCACGUCAGGCACACCCAGUAGAUAUCUCUGACCUUGCUGCUGCGUCCCGCACUACCAGCAUAUGCAUCCUCCUCUCAAGACGAAUAUUGCCUCUGCUCCCCCCUAUAGUAAUCGCUUACCUUGAUGCUGCCCCUACUAGACCAUUUAUCCUGACGAGAAGGGCGAAACACAUCCUAGAGGAGCAAGAGCACGAGAUAUUCAUUAGGAACUUGAAGAAGGUCAUCCCCGAGAAGGUUAGAAGGUUCGUACUAGAAGUAGGCGAGACAAAACGUAGCCAGAAUUUCUGGGACUAUGUUGCGGCAUUACGUGCUAUCUACUACGCAUCUGCCACCGAUGACUCACCUGCUGUGAACCUAUGCAUCAAAUCGAAAGCAGGCCCAACAGUGAUCGACUUCUUCAAGAAAAGCAACUGGGACUACCAUGAAGCUGAUGCGUGCAACUGUAAGAACAUCGUGCACAGAUAUCCCAUGCUGAAGGCUCACACAGUUGAAGGGCAUAUCAUGACGACACUUGAGAAGUUCCGAGAGCUCCUUGGCCAUAAGGAUUUCAUUGCAACAGAUCAAGAGGUUGGGAAGUGGAACACAAGGAGUAGAUUCCUCAGCCCACUAACUACGAGGGUCGCUUUGAAGAAAUCUGCCAUGCGAUUUGCGGCUUCCCUCAACAACACCAGCGACCUGGGCCCACUGGGACCAGUACUAGACUGCGUGGUAUUUGAGUUUUCCCAGGAAUACGAGAAGCAUGGCAUACGGCCCAGGGAUAUCAGAGGAGAAUAUCAAGACUUGUGUAGAGUUGUUAAUACUGACCUAGUGGAUAAGGAUGUGGAUAUGAGUUGCACCUGUCCGCACAUCUUGAGACGAUUGACGGAGAGGCAUAUGCAACCACCAACCUAUCAACACCUCCCAGGUUUUGCCAGCCUUUUUCGCGAUAAUGAGAAUGCAUUCUUUUGGUUAUUCCCAGACACCAACAUCAGGAGGAAGAUUAAACAUAGAUGGGCGACUAUGCGUAUGCUACUGAAGAAGAAGUCUUACAAGAUCUUGCUAUUACCACCAGAAGAGCGGAAGAUUAUUGACGUGAAAUAUCGACCACUGACUAGCUAUGUGGGCCAUUGUUUCGCUGACAUCCUCCAGACCGCGGCCAGAGUUGCUAACGAUAUCAUGGAACGUGACCCACGUGCCGCCCGUUGCUUCUUGACUUCACCGGAGAACAUUAAGAGGUACGUAAAGGAGGUUGAAGAGAAGGCGCGGCAGCUCCGUAUCAUGGUGGAUGCAGAGACUGGCGAUAUUGGCGAAUUCUUCACCAACUGCGAUCUCCAGAGGAGCCUCGCGCGGAUCCUUAUCAUCAUUGACAACUUUCGACGUCUGGCUGGGUUUAACUAUGCCCGAGUGAGUAAAGCAGCAAAGGCGCUGAUACCUGUUACCCAUGCACUUGGUGCCCGUGCGAAAACUUAUUUUGUCCAGAAAGGGAAACGACUGCAGAAGAGGAUCAAGGCGAUCACCUACACAAAGAAGAAACCGGACACACGUUUCUACGACUAUGUCCGCUUAGAUGAAGUCGUUGAUAUCUUACGGCAUGACGUGAAUUUCUGCUAUGUGCGGGCACUAGGCUCGAUCUACAAACAAGUUAACGGUGCCCCGAUGGGCUCCUAUACUAGCACCCCGCUCUCGAAUGGUUUUGCGAUCGAUGUCGAACUGGAAAAGGGUGCAGCACCAGGAGAAACCGGGAGGAGAUAUGCCGACGACAAGAUUGUUUUCCGACUAAGAGACUCCGGAUCAACGGACACGCCGACCCUCCUCGCGAGCGAUUUUUACCCUGGUUGCACACUAGUAAAAGACGAAGAGGACGAUAUUAAUUUUUGUGGCUUGGACAUCUUAGUGGACAACUCCUCCCCUAGUGGUACGAGAAUCGAAGUGAUCGCUGGUUUGACGGGUAAGCCGAUUGCUUCGGCACUGAGUGCCGGGAUGAGGACUAGAAUCAAAGGGGUUGUGAGGGGACACCUAGCGAGACUUAGACUGAACAGCACCAUACCGCCAAUAGAUAACAUUAAAAAACUAGUUGGCCAAAUGAUUAGACAAAAGUACCCCGCUAAGAUAGUCCUAGAGGAGCUCGACCACAUGCUCAACCACUAUGAUGACGAGCAUACUCUUUUUUACUAGAAAGGAAGCCAGUACUUAGGUAGGUUCUACUAGGAAAGAAGCCAGCACUUAGAAAGAAGAACUAAAAGAUACAUAGGAAAUACACUGAAUUAGACUCCCGUCUCCGUUUCUCUAUUAAUUAAUUAAAGUAAAAAUGCCCGUAACCCCAUCCCUACGUUUCUAUAACUAAAAGCUCAACUGUACGAUCCAAGGAUAUCAAGUAACUAACUUAUUUAUUACCUACUUGUUCAUUGUCUAGAGUCCCUCUGUCAUAUUAAUAACUGCACUACUAGAACUUGGAAACUUGUUACCUACUUAGCUUGGUUUUUUAAGAAACUUGUUGAAGUAAAAGAAGACGUGCCUGCUCAUCUUUCCAACUGAUAGAAAAAGUUAGUUUUAGUUUAGAUCUGAUGGUAGUACAUAACACUACCCAUGACACUGGCCCCCUAUACGGGUGUGAUCCCAGUACAUGGGCAUUAGCAUUGCUGGCUUGUGUACUCGUGACGAAACUAAAGUUAUAUAAAGCUGUAGGCUGAUGACUAAUUUGUACGUAGUGUUUUAAUUUUUACUUGGCGAUUGGAAAAGGUUCCUUUGUUGUCCCUCUGUUUGUUCUUGGAAGAAAUAACUGCAAGGUCGUGGCGGUGUGGUGCUUAUCUUGAAAACAGAAAGAAUGUAGUGCUCUGCGAUGUCUGGAAUUCUUGGAUGUAAAAAACUACUUGUAUAGUGUGCUGUUGAGAAUAAAAAGAUGAAAGGAAACGGCUCGAAUAUGAAUGGAAAUCUGGCAGGUCAAGAUAGUUCUGGCGUUGCUCUUUUUAAUAAUGUUUGGCUCUAUGGAUGGUGGUGGCUUGUAUAAAUAAGCUCAUUUUUUGAGUUUACUUGUUGCUGUAUGGAUGGUGGAGGGUUGUGUAACUAAAUAAAACUAAUCAUGAAAGCCCCUGUGAUCCUUAUGUGUGUCUGUAUUUGAGUUCGGUACUACCUCACGGCUUUGAUAAAAAACAGAAUUUGAGAAUCUGUCACUCUAUGGAAAAGUCUACUUGUUUUCGUUUUGGAUGGAGGAGGGUGUUUAAGUUUUAAGUUUUAAGAAAGUUAGAAUUUGUUGUUGUGUCUACUUAAUUGUUUUAUGGAUGGUGGUGGGUGUUUAAGUUCUACUUGGAUGGUGGUGGGUAUCUAAUUGAUUAAUUAUCCUGACCUAUUAGGAUGAUGUGCUAGUGCUAUUGUGUGUUGACUAACUUUUUUACUUCCGAUGUGGUGGCUUUGUUUACAGUGUGCUGAUCUCGAAAACUCCUCCAUGGAUGCGAUGACCCAUGAAAAUUCCGUUUAGGUUAGCAGAGGAUUGAAGCUAAUUUUGUCCACCUUUGUGAAGGAAAAAGUGGACCUUGUAUGACUCUUCUGGUCGUGAUAACUACGUUUAAGCUUAAGGCCAUCAUUGUAUUGGAGCUAUCCUGUGCUACACGGAUCAUAUCGCUAAACUGGACGUAAAAAUUGUGGUUCUCAAAUACAAGAACAUUGAAAUGCCAAUAUGAUCUCGAAAUUAACCUUUAUCGGGUAGCCAACAAAAUAAAGGUCGAUGAAAAGAGCCGCGGGCAGCUGCAAGGAAGCCCCCGCCAG